UUCGCCCUGAAACUCGGCUCACUUCCUACUCGCCUCUCUGCACUUCCACUGGUCAACUUUUCUUCUGCUGCUGUCAGAUCGGCGAGCAAUGGCGGGUCAAAAUCUGAUGCCAAGAGUGAAGCUGGGAAGCCAGGGACUUGAGGUAUCAAAGCUUGGUUAUGGUUGCAUGGGGCUCACUGGAGUGUACAACGAUCCCCUUCCUGAGGAGGACGGGAUUGCAAUAAUCAAAGAGGCUUUCAGCAAAGGCAUUACUCAUUUUGACACCUCGAAUAUCUACGGAGAAGAGUUUGCGAACGAGUACUUGGUGGGAAAGGCUCUGAAGCAGCUGCCGAGAGAAAAAAUUCAGUUGGCAACUAAGUUUGGUAUGAGUUCACUUAAGCCUCUAGUAGUCAAAGGUUCACCCGACUAUGCCCGCUCUUGCUGUGAGGACAGCCUGAGGCGUCUUCAAGUGGAGUACAUUGAUCUCUACUACGUCCACAGAAUUGACAAAACUGUACCUAUUGAGGAAACAGUGGGGGAACUUAAAAAGUUGGUGGAAGAAGGUAAAAUUAAGUACAUUGGUCUAUCUGAAGCUAGUGCAGACACUAUACGAAGGGCACAUGCAGUUCAUCCCAUAACUGCAUAUCAAAUGGAAUAUUCACUUUGGUCCCGUUACACUGAGGAAGAAAUCAUUCCUGUUUGCAGGGAACUUGGGAUUGGGAUAGUAGCAUACAGCCCAAUCGGUCGUGGGUUUUUUGGUGGCAAGAAAGUUGUGGAAAGCUUGCCUAAGGAUAGUUUCUUGAAUAUGCACCCAAGGUUUACAGGAGAGAAUUGGGAAAGGAACAAGGACUUGUAUUUUCGUGUAGAUUCAUUGGCCAAAAAGCAUGGAUGUACUCCUGCUCAACUCGCACUUGCAUGGGUUCAUCACCAAGGAGAUGACGUUGUCUCUAUACCCGGAACUACGAAGAUCAAGAAUCUUCAUGAGAAUAUCGGUUCUUUGAAUGUCAAGCUGACUAGUGAUGAGGUGAAAGAACUUUCUGAUGCUGUUCCCACAGAUGAAGUGGCAGGAAACACCCUCCCUGACGCUAUGUAUGCAUUCACGUGGAGGUUUGCCAAUACUCCGCUGCCAAAACCCAAAGAUGCAUAAUAAACGAGAAAUUCAAGAGUACUUGGCGUUGUGGUUGCUGUGCUUUCUGAAGUGAUAUCUAAUAAUACGAUGUUUUUCGUCGGACAUAUGUUUUUUCCCUGUAAACUUCAUGUGAAUUACCUAUGAUAUCUUAUCAUGUUUGUUUUUCAAAAAAUUA